AUGGUUUCUACUGACAAAAAAGGUAGCAAAAUACAUGUGUUUCUUAUAAAUAAUCCUAAGGAAAGUGAUAAAGAAAAAAACAAUGAAUUAAGUCAUACAAAAGAUAAUAAUAUAAGCAAUGAAAAUAAAGAUAAUAUAAAUGAAAAGAGUAUAUAUAAUAAUGAAGAAAAUGUAAGAGGUGAAAAAAAAAGUUGUAAUGAAUAUAAAAAUAAUGAGAGAGUUGAAGAAAUCAUUACUCAUAAAAUUUAUCACCCACAAGUGAAAAUUGUAAAGGUUAGCUGUGGAAAGCAAAUAAUUGGUUUUCUGUCAGCAUCUGGAAGGAUAUAUUGUUGGCACUUGAAUGAAUUAAAUGAUUUUGAUAAGAAUGUUCCAUAUUUAUUAGUUGAUAAUAUAAUAAAACAUAAGUCAAUACAUGAUGUUAGUUGUGGUCAUAAUCAUAUAGCCUUUUUGUCUAAAGAAGGUGAAUUGUUUACAUAUGGUGAUAAUACAUAUGGGCAAUUAGGAAUAACAUAUAAUAUAAAUAACAAUACUAAUAAUUGCACUACUGAUAGUAAUAGUAAUAGUAAUAGUAAUAAUAUUAAUGUUGAUGGUUGUGAUGACGGCAUUCUUGAUAUAAAUACAUAUAACAAAUUAUAUAAUAAUAAUAAUAAUUAUUAUAAUCACAAAUUAAAAAAUUAUAAAAAAUAUAAAGUACACAAGGUAAAUACACAAAAUAAUAUUGUCAAAUGUGUAUAUGCAUCAGAAAAAUUCACACUAUUCUUAUCAAUAGAUGGUAUUUUAUAUGGUGUGGGUUUAAUAAAUGAACAUAUACUUAAAAGCGAUAUGAAUAAAAAUAAAAUUAAUAAAAUAUUAAUAAAACCACAUGUUAUAAAUACAAAUAAUAUAUCUUUUAAAAAAAUUGCUAUAGGUCCUAAUUUUCUUCUAGGUAUUGAUAUGCAUAAUGAUGUAUAUUCAUGGGGAAAAAAUGAACAAGGAGUAUUAGGACAUAAUAAUAAUUUAAAUGAUUCUGAUUAUCCUAAAAAAAUAGAAAAUCUAGCUAAAGCAAACUUUAUAAGUGCAGGAAAAAUAUGUAUAUGUAAAACUUCUGAGGAUGAUAUAUAUAUAUGGGGUGAUAUUUAUGGUAAUAAACCAAAUUUAAUUAAGAAUAAAUUUGAUUCUAUGCAUAUUAAUAAUAAUUUUAUUAUUGGUAUAUCCCCACAAAAAAAUAUCUGGGUAAAAAAUAUUCAUAAUAUGUCACAUGGCUAUUAUAUUAAUAAUCUUCAAAUAAACCUAUGUUCAUCAUAUGAUAAUUUAAUAAUAGGAGUAGAAAAUUUGGAUGGAAACCCUAAAGACAAUUAUAACAAACAUCUUAAUGUUUCAAUUAGCCAAACGAAAAGUGAAAUAAGUCAUAUACAAAAUGUUACUCAAAAUGAUAAGGAACAUGAUGAGUUGCAUGCACAUAUUUCGGAUAAAAAAAAUUCCAUCGAUAUUGUCAAUACGGUUAUUAGUAUGACGUCAGAUGAGGCCAAGGGGAAUGAUCAAAGGGGUACUCCAUCAGAUAAUAUGGAUGAUAUAAAAGAUGAAAAAAUUGAAAAUAUGGAAAAAAUGGAAAAAAUGGAAAAAAUUGAAAAUAUGGAAAAAAUGGAAAAAAUUGAAAAAAUGGAGAAAAUUGAAAAAAUGGAAAAAAUGGAAAAAAUUGAUGACAACAAAAGAAAUGGUGAACACCAACCCAAUGAUGAUAACCAUAUUUCUGAUAAGAAUAUCCAUUCAUCACAAGACGUCAUAUUAACAAAUAAUAAUUAUUCUCAAAAUAGUGAUGAGAAAAAUAUCCAUAAUAAAAAACUUGAUGAUACUUUUAAAGAAUCAAAUACACAAUUUCAUAAAGAAAAAGAAAUAUAUUCUUUUUUUACAAAUGAUGUAUAUGAAAAAAAUAGUUUUCUACAUAAUGAUAAUAAAAGUAGCAUGCAAAAUAAGAAAGAAACAACCUUAUUAGAAGAUACAUUAAAAGAAAAUAAAACAAACAUUUCUAUUAAUAAUAAUGAUAUGAAUAAUAAAUGUAAUGAUUAUAAUACACCUAAUAUUAACAGGAAUGAUAAUAAUAUAAAUGCUUACACAAAUGAUGAUAUAAAAUUGUCUAUAUUAAAUGUUGAAAACAAAUCUGUAGAUAUCAAUAUAAAUAAUAAUGAAAGUGAAAAGGGUGAUAAAUAUAAUAAAGAUGUUGAUAAUAUAAAUAUAGAUCUAACAAAAAAUAUAUUGGAAAAUAACUUCAAAAAUGAUAAUUUAAAAAAUAAAAAUAGUGUUACUAUAAAUGAUGUAGAAACUGAUAUAGAAGAAUAUAAAUUUAAUUCAAAACAAAGUGAUGUUGUUAAUAAUUAUUCAAGUGAUGAUAAGGAUACAACAAAAAGUAAUUAUGAAGGUAUACCCGUAAUAGAAGUGCAAGAUGAUGAAUAUAAAGAUGAUGAUGAAUUAGAUGAUGAAUAUGAUGAUGAAUAUGACGAUGAAGACGACAAUGACGACGAUCAUCACGAUGAUGAUAAUAAAUAUCAUAUUCUUAAUUAUGAUGAUGAUACAAAUAACGAAUAUGAAGAUGAAGAAAGCUUUUUAUCUACAAAUUUUUAUGGAGAAAAAAAUGACUCAGAUGAUAUAGAUCAUAAAAAUAUUAUUAUAAUUAAUAAAAAAGUAUCAGACAAAGAUAAUGUCGUUUUAAAAUCAUCUUUAAAAAAAUCUCCAAGUAGUAAUUCUAUAAAAAAAAGUGUAUCGUUUUCUAAAUAUGUAUAUGAUUUAGCUAAGAAUAAUUAUGAGCCUAUGAAUUUUAAUUCAUUUGAUGAUAUUAGUGUAUCCGAAUUUGAUCAUGACGAAACCACAAGUGUUAAAAUAUCUGAUCAGAUAUAUGCUCAAUCAACAAAUAAAAUAUAUGAAAAAGAAAUGAAUGAUACUAGUGAUAAUACUUUAGAUACAAUAAAUAAUUAUCAAUCCAAAUUUGAAAUGAAUGAUAAUUUAAAGGAAAAAAAAGACAAUGAAAGUAACGAUUUAUUAAAUAUUCCCCAUCAAAAUGAAGCUAUUCAAAUAAAUCAUGUCAUAACAGAUAUGAAUAAAAAUACCACUCUAAAGGAGCAAUUAAAAAAUGAUAACUACUAUAAUGAGGACGAACAAGAGAAUAUAAAUGAAGAUAAAUAUAAAAUUGGUGUAAGUAAUUUAGGCACUGAUAAUAUAAACAAUAAAUGUAAUGUAUCAACGAAUUUGGAUAGUAUUAUAGAAUAUUCUGAUGAAAAAAGAUUACAAAUACAUAAAAAAAGUUUAAACAACAAUAUUAGAACAAAAAAACAGUCAAGUAAUUUUAUGAAGGAAGAAAAUAAAGGUUCAUAUAAUAUUUUAUAUCCAAACAAUAAUAAUAAUAAUAAUAAUGAUAACUAUGAAGAGAAUCAUGUCGAUUCAUAUAUUCCUUCAAAUUGUGAUACUAAUAAAAAUGUGGAAGAAGAAAAAAACAAUUCUUUUUUUCAUAUAAAUGAAAAGAUAAAUGAUAAUAUAAACAUAAACGAUAGGAACCAAUUUAAUUUGGAUGAUAAUAAUAAUAAUUUUGUAUCCAUUGAAAAGAAAAAAAAAAAUAUAUAUACAGAAGGUUUCAUCAGAAAUAAUUGUAAUAAUAAUAUAUAUCAUAAUAAUUAUGAGCCUUUUAAUAUAUCCACAUUGUCUAAUAACAAUCAUGUUAAUAUGAUGGAAAAUAAAAUAAAAGUAAUAUAUUUUAAAAACCAUAAAUAUAAGAAUAUUUUAAAAAAUCUACAUAAAAUAUAUGGUAGAAACUAUGAUUAUCUUAAUAUUAGAAGAAGAAAAAAUAUAAAAUUUGAAUUAACAAAUUAUAAUUAUAAUUAUAAUAUUAAUGUUUUAAAAAUUAAACACAGUAUGAAGAAAAUAAAGAAAGGUGUGAUAACACACAAAAAAAUGUAUGAAUUGCUAAAAAAAUUAAAGAACAAAGAUCAUAUGAUAAAAUUAUUUUACAAUCAUUUGUAUUUAAUAAAACAAAGGGAUGAACAUAUUUUAAGAAUAAAGAAUUAUAAAGUAAGAUAUUUAAAUAAAGGGAAUCACAUUUGUAAUAAACAACAUACAAAUAAUAUUUUUAAAAAGAAAACAAAUAUGUCUUUUUUUUCUUUAAAUCAAGAACACUAUUCAAAUCAUAAUUUGAAUAUGAAUUCACCUAAUAUUAUAAGCAUCGAUCAUAUAAAUAGUGAUAUACAAAAAAAUAAAUGGAAUGAAUAUAAUAAAAAUAUAGAUGAUAGUAAUAAUAAUAUGAUGUUGAAAGAAAAAAAGAAAAAAAAUACAAAAGACAAAAAUGCAAAUGUGACAAAAAAGAAUAGUUCUUGCAUUCUUUCAGAUAAUUAUAUAUUAUCUAGUGAUGAUAAAAAAAUAAAAAGAAUAAAAAAAAUAAAAAAAAAUAUACAACAUGAUAAAAAUAAUAAAAACAAUCUUUUAUUAUAUGACAAAAAAUAUAUAUAUGAUAAUAUUAAGAAACCAUUAUGUGUAGAUGAAAAAAAAUGGACAUCUAAUAUCAUUGAAAUAAAAAAAAAUGAUGAACAUGUUAAUAUAAAAAAUAAUGAUGGUAAUAAUAUUGUUAAUAAAAGGAGUACAUCACUUGAAACAAGAAAAAAUAAAGUAGUAGAUAUUAAAUAUAAGGAUCAUUUAAAUGAUUUAAGAACACAAGUUAAUAAUAAAGGAAAAAAAAAUAAAAUAGAUAAAGAAAAUGAUACAAUUAAUUCAGAUAAUUUGUCUUCAACAAUGAAGAAGAAAAAAAAAAAUAUGGUUACAUCAAAAAAAAAAAUAAAGACUACAAAAAAUGGAAUAAUUACAAAUAAAAGAAGUAAUUCGAUUAUAUUAGCAAAUGAAUUGACAGAAAAAAAAAAUAUAAAAAGAAAAAAUGAAUAUGAUGAUACUUCAAAAAAAUUAUCAUUUAUGUCUUGUUUAAAUGUUAAUACACAAAAUAAAAAUUAUUCUUCAAUUAUUAAUAAUAUUAAUAAUAAUAAUAAUAAAAGGAAUGAGAAAAAGAUACCCUUAAAAAUGAAGAGAAACUCAUCAGCAACAUUUACUCAUAAUUUGAAUGAUCAUAAAAAUGAUGAUGACAUAUAUAAUUCCGUCUCAAAAAUAAAAAAUGGUAAUUAUUAUUCCGAUUCAGAUAGAAGAAAUAAAUCUUCUGAUUAUGUUGAGAAUAUGAGCAUGUUAAAUAACCCCUUUAUUGAGAAUCAGAUGAAUAAGAAAAUAGAAUAUGAAAUAUAUAGUAACAAUAAUAUAACUAAGAAUCAAAUAAAAAAUGAAGAAAAUAAAAUUAAUUCUUCAUAUUUUGAUGAGAUAAAUAAAGAGGAUUCAAGUCUUUCUUUAUAUGACAAUAUAAAUUAUUGUAAAACAAAAAUUCAUGAUGAUAAUAAUAUUCACCAUAUUAAUCCUAGUGAUUAUAAUAUGAAGAAAAAUAAAUUACAUACACAACAAAAUGUAUAUCCACUUAUUAAACAAAAGAAAACAGAAAAAAAUCUACAAACUAUGUCAAGUAGCAACCUUACAAAGAAAGUUAAAGAAAAAACUCAAAAGAAAAAAAAUAAAAUUGAUGAUGAGCAUAUGAAUAUUGUGAAUCAACAAGAAACAGAUAUUGUUUUAUUUGAUGAUGAAGAUAAAAAGAUAAAAAAGAAUAAGAAACAAAAUGAUAAUAUUACUAUUAAUAAGGAUACUAAAAAGAAGUUAUUAAAAAAAUUAUGGACAGAAAUAGAAGACAUGAAAAAUAAUAUGAUCGAAAAAAAAAAAAAAGAAAAAAAUAUAUACAACAAAAAUGAUGAUAUUAACAAUAAUAAUAAUAAUAAUUAUUAUAAUAAUAAUAAUAACAACCAUUUUAAUAUUAGUGAACAUAAAAGUAAUCAUGAUAAUAUAUUAAUAAAUAAAAAUCAUCUUGAUAAUUAUAAUAAGCUUAAUAACAAUGUAAAAGAUGAUACACAGAAUGAAGUCGAAAAUAAAAAUAAGAAAAAGUAUAUGAUGCUACUAUCAAAUAUAAAGGAGAAAUUAUAUAAAAAUAAAAUGAACGAAGAAAAAAAACAUAAGAAAUAUAUAAGAAAAAUAUAUAAGAAUAUGAAAGAUAUUUAUAAUGAAUAUAAUAAUAUUAAGAAAGAAAAAGAAGAUGCAAAAAAAAGUAUCGAAUAUCUGAAAUUUUUAUUAGAAAAUACUGUUAUAAAAAGUAAUGAGAUGCUUCGAAUUAAUAAAAAUUCAUUUGAAAAUUAUAUAGAAAAGAUACAAAAAGAAAAUAAUUUUUUAAAAAGCGAAUUAGAUGAAGAAUCAUAUCAACAUCAUUAUGACUUACAACAACUAGUUUGUAAAUUAAAAGAACUAGAAAAGUCUAAAGAAGAAGCUAUAAAAUCAAAUGAAGAAUAUAAUAAAAAGAUUGUUGAUUUAUGUGCUGAGUGUGAUAAUUUAAAAAAAAAAGAAAUGGAAUUAAACAAAACUAUAGAUGAUCAGAAAAUACAUAUAGAAAAAGAAAAAAAAAAAAAAAAAUAUAUUUUAAAAAAAAUAGAAAAUGCUUUAAAAACAUGGGAGUAUGAUUACAAUAUGUUAAAAGAUAAAUAUAAUAAUUUAAUAUCAUCAAAUGAACAAGUUAUAAAUAAUAAUGAAAUAUUAAAAAAUGAAAUUAAUAAAUUGAAAGAUGAAGUGUCUAAUAAAGAAAAUAUAAUUCAUAAUAAGAUAGAUGAAAUUAAUCAUAUAAAUCAAAAAUAUAUAUCAUUAUCAAAAGAAUUGAAAAUAAAAAAUGAAUCUUUACUUGAUGAAUCUGAUAUUGUUUAUAAAUAUAAAAAUAUGGAAGAAUAUUAUAAAAAAAAUAUAGAUAAUUUACAGAAUGAAUUAUUAUCAAAACAAAACCAAUUAACAUAUAAAGAUAAACGUAUCUUAUAUUUACAAGAUGAACAAAAAGAUUAUUUAAAAAAAUAUUUUAAUAUAUCCAAAGGAUUAAAUAAUAUUAUGCAUAAAUUAAAAGAAAGUUAUAAUAUUAAUAUCAAAAAUGAAGAAUAUGUAGAAAAAAAUCUUAAUAAUUUUAUUACUACUAUUAUAAACAAUUUAGAAGAUAUUAAAGAAUUUAAAACAAAUGAUAAAUUAAAACAUAAAAUUAUUCAUAUAGUUGAUAAUACUUUAAAGAGUAAUAAAUUAUUAUCUCUUCAUAGUUAUAAUAUUAUAUCUGAUCACAAAGGGCUACUAAAAUCAACGAAUGGAUUAAAUAUAUCUCAACAUAUGAAAGAAAAUGAUAUUACAAAUAAGAAGAAUACAAAUAGAAACAACAAAAAUAAUAAUAAUAAUAAAAAAAAUGAUACUAAUUAUGAUACUAAUCAAGAUGAUAUUUUAAAUGCUAACACAAAUAAUAUACUCGCCUCUUCUAUUAAUUCAAAGAAUCAACAUCUCCAAAAAAUUGUUAUAGAAGAAAUGGAUGAUAUAUUAAAUUUGUUAGAAGAAAUUAAAGAAAAUAAAUUAUCUCAAAACGAUUUAGUAUCUAUAAAAAAUGAAACAGACCAAGUAACAAAUGAAUUUAUAAAUAUUAAUAAGGACGAAAAUCAUUUUGAUAACUCUCAAGAAUUUAAUAGUCAUAAUAUAUAUGAUGAUCAUCAUUGUUAUAUAGAUUCUAAUGAACACAAUGACUCUCUAAAUAAUAUCUAUGAUCAAGGCAUACAAAAUAAUGUAACAUGUAAUAAGAAUAUUAAAUGGGAAAAAAUGAAAUAUAAAAAUAUUAAUAAUAAUGUGCACAAUAAUAUAAGACAAACCAAAAAUAAAAUGAAUAAAUCAGAAAUUAAUAGUGAUAUAUCUAAUAUAUAUGAUGAUACAAUAAAACAUAACGACUAUUAUGAUAAAAAUGAUGAGCUACUAAAAACGGGUGCACAACAAACAAAUGGUGAUGUGACAUUUUCAAAUGUUAGAAAAAAAUAUAAAAAUGAAGAAGGAAUAAAUAAAAUUGGUAAUGGAAAGCAUAUAAAUCCUUCUAAUCUAGAACAUGCGAAUAGUAAUGGUGCUAAUAAUAAAAAACACGAUGAAAAAUAUUCAAGAACACAAAUAAGAGAAUUAAGUUCUUAUGAUAUCAAAAGUCAUAUGAGUAAUAAUCAGAAAGAAAACCUCAAAGGAGUGAUACAAAAUAAAACGAGCAGUUAUAUAAAAAAAAAUAAAGAAAAAGAACUAAAAGAAAAUGAAACGGAAGAAAAAAGGAACCUCGCUCAAGAAAGGAAUAGGGAUAAUAACUUCCAAAGUGAUGAUAUAGAUUAUUUUAAAAAUAAAGAUUAUUCUGAUGAUCAUAAUUUUUUGGAUGUCCAAAGUUUUUGUGAUGACCAAAACAUUUGUGAUGACCAAAAUAUUUGUGAUGUCCAAAGUUUUUGUGAUGACCAAAAUAUUUGUGAUGACCAAAACAUUUGUGAUGACCAAAACAUUUGUGAUGACCAAAAUAUUUGUGAUGACCAAAAUAUUUGUGAUGACCAAGAUAUUUAUGAGGACCAAGAUAUUUAUGAGGACCAAAACAUUUGUGAUGACAAAGAUAUUUAUGAUGACCA